UGUAUUCCUCAUUCAUGAUGCCAUCUCCUCACCUGUUUCACCCUGCACUGCCCCACUGCAUCUACUGCCCACCUGCAGGGAUGGUGAUGAACCCACAGGCCUGUUUCAUCCCAUCUACCAUGCAGCUUCAGCCGAAUCCAGUGGCCCCAGCUGUUGGAUCACACAAUGGAGUUAAGCCUGGCUUCCUGUUAGAUGGAGUGUAUUAUCCCACCUUCCAACCUCCUCAACAAGAAGCCCUGCAGAAAAGGGAGCGCAGAUUGAUAAAAAUUGAAGACCCUGAUGAGAAUAACCGAGAUAUUACGGCCGAGAUCUUGGGAGAAAGAACGUCUCCACUGACACAACCUCAUUCUAGAGAAGUUCAGUCCAGCAGUGUAGACGUGGCUCCUGCUGCUGACGUUCUCCCACAUGAUCAGCAACCUGUCACUUUCAUUUCUGAUGCUCCAUCAUCUGUACCUCUGGCUCCCGCAGAGAAUAAAGAAAGUGACGUUGUAGAGGCAUCUACACCUCUAACAACCACACCCCCACAGGAGGCGGAGCCUACCACAGCCCCUGUGGCAGAAGUGAAGAGUGAGCUGGAGAAGACUCGUCCGUCAGGGCAAAAGCGACGCAAAAGAACGGGUCAGCUCCUCUUCUGCAUCCCUCCGAUGGAGGAAGUUCGGCAGAAACAGGCAGAGAAAGCCAGAAAGUCAGCAGGAAAGGAAGAAAACAAGACUCGAUCUCAGGAAAAGCGUCGUAGAAGGCCGGGUCAACUCCUUUUCUGCAUCCCUCCGAUCGAGGAAGAUCAGCAACCCUCCACUUUUACUUUCAUUUCUGAUGCACCAUCAUCUGCACCUCUGGCUCCUACAGAGAAUAAAGAAAGUGACGUUGUAGAGGCAUCUACACCUCUAAAAACCACACCCCCACAGGAGGCGGAGCCUACCACAGCCCCUGUGGCAGAGGUGAAGAGUGAGCUGGAGAAGGAAAAGCGUUGUAGAAGGCCGGGUCAGCUCCUUUUCGGCAUCCCUCCAAUCGAGGAAGACCAGCAACCCGUCACUUUCAUUUCUGAUGCACCAUCAUCAGCACCUCUGGCUCUUCCAGAGCUGAAAUGGAGUGACAUUGUGAAGGCUUCCCUACCUCCAAAAACCACACCCCCACAGGAGGCGGAGCCUACCACAGCCCCUGUGGCAGAAGUGAAGCGUGAGCUGGAGAAGACUCGUCCGUCAGGGCAAAAGCGACGCAAAAGAACGGGUCAGCUCCUCUUCUGCAUCCCUCCGAUGGAGGAAGUUCAGCAGAAACAGGCAGAGAAAGCCAGAAAGUCAGCAGGAAAGGAGGAAAACAAGACUCGAUCUCAGGAAAAGCGUCGUAGAAGGCCGGGUCAACUCCUUUUCUGCAUCCCUCCGAUCGAGGAAGAUCAGCAACCCUCCACUUUUACUUUCAUUUCUGAUGCACCAUCAUCUGCACCUCUGGCUCCUACAGAGAAUAAAGAAAGUGACGUUGUAGAGGCAUCUACACCUCUAAAAACCACACCCCCACAGGAGGCGGAGCCUACCACAGCCCCUGUGGCAGAAGUGAAGAGUGAGCUGGAGAAGGAAAAGCGUUGUAGAAGGCCGGGUCAGCUCCUUUUCGGCAUCCCUCCAAUCGAGGAAGACCAGCAACCCGUCACUUUCAUUUCUGAUGCACCAUCAUCAGCACCUUUGGCUCUUCCAGAGCUGAAAUGGAGUGACAUUGUGAAGGCUUCCCUACCUCUAAAAACCACACCCCCACAGGAGGCGGAGCCUACCACAGCCCCUGUGGCAGAAGUGAAGCGUGAGCUGGAGAAGACUCGUCCGUCAGGGCAAAAGCGACGCAAAAGAACGAGUCAGCUCCUCUUCUGCAUCCCUCCGAUGGAGGAAGUUCGGCAGAAACAGGCAGAGAAAGCCAGAAAGUCAGCAGGAAAGGAGGAAAACAAGACUCGAUCUCAGGAAAAGCAUCGUAGAAGGCCGGGUCAACUCCUUUUCUGCAUCCCUCCGAUCGAGGAAGAUCAGCAACCCUCCACUUUUACUUUCAUUUCUGAUGCACCAUCAUCUGCACCUCUGGCUCCUACAGAGAAUAAAGAAAGUGACGUUGUAGAGGCAUCUACACCUCUAAAAACCACACCCCCACAGGAGGCGGAGCCUACCACAGCCCCUGUGGCAGAGGUGAAGAGUGAGCUGGAGAAGGUACAACAAUCACACAGUGUUUUUUAUUCAAUUAUUUACAGAAACACGACUCAGGAAAAGCCCCAUAAACGAGUCCAUUUCUGCCUCCCUCCGAUUGAGGCAGAGCAAGAGGAGGAAGAGAAAGUCAACAAGCCGGCAGUGAAGAAAAGCCAAGAUGAGCAAGUGAAGCCCCCGGCUCCUGUGGAACCUGCCUCAGCACCUCUGCCAUCAUCUGCACCUCUGGCUCCUACAGAGCUUAGAUGGAGUGAUAUUGUGGAGGCUUCCCUACCUCAAACAACCACACCCCCACAGGAGGCGGAGCCUACCACAGCCCCUGUAGCAGAGGUGAAGAGUGAGCUGGAGAAGGAAAAGCCCCAUAAACGAGUCCGUUUCUGCCUCACUCCCGUCAUAAUAGAUGAGCAGAAAAAGACUCGAUCUCAGGAAAAGCCCCAUAAACAAGUCCGUUUCUGCCUCCCUCUGAUUGAGCAAGAGCAAGAGGAGGCAGAGAGAGCCUGCAAGAUGACGGGGCUUGUGGAACCCUCUGCAGCGUCUCCGGCAGUGUCUGAUCCUGAGACUGUCUUAGAUCUGCUACCGUCCUCCACGCCUCUGGCUUCUGCAGAGCCUAAACAGACUGAGAUUAUGAAGGCUCCUGUACCUCUCCCAAAGGACGAGAUGAAUACGACUCUAGUGCGACAGGGACUUCGGCUCAGAAGGGUGGGGCAAGUGCAAACAGCGCAAGAGGCAGAUGUGGCUAAGACUCCGGAGCUGUCCAGGCUCGUGCGCAGCAUGCUGGACAAAACUUCAGAAACAUUCGACAGCAUUCUGUCAGUGCAGAACUUCCAGAAGGAGAUGGAGAAGAUCACUAAGCUUCCCAUCAACACUGAGGAGAGACUCAAAGGGGUCAUGGAGAUCGUCUAUGACAAAGUGGUUUCUGCACUCGGGCAGUCCAUCGUCUGUGCUGAAGUGUGCCACCAUGUCAAGAACGUGGAACUUCCAGCCUCAGAAAUGCUGGAAGCCAAAAUGACUUUCCAAAAAAUGCUGCUCAGCCACUGCAUGGAUUUGUUUGAGAAAGACUUCGAGCAGACGCAAGAACAGGAAGAAGACCAGCAACAUCCGAAUGCAGAAGUGAAGGAAAGAGCUCGCUGCCUCGGCAACACCAUGAUCCUCGGUGAACUUUUUAAGAGGAAGAUGGUAACGGAGCAGGUCAUGCACGACUGCAUCUCCAAGCUGCUGAAGAAUCCCAGCGAAGACAAUUUGGAUCAUUUCUGCUGCCUGAUGUGCAACAUCGACAAGGACCUGGAUGUGGAACUGGAUAAGGUAGUGCGCACUCCGCUUAUCUCUGCGCAGUCCAGUCUCGCUUGUGUCUUCGUCCAACCAAGUUGUUUCUCUACUCAGCUCCCCAAAAUCCACCAAAACAAUCGGCCUCAGAGCAACAGCUAUAGAAGGGGACUCAAGAAGUUCCCCGCAAACGACGAUAACAACAAGGCAGACGGACAGACAGGCAGGUCUGCAAAGCGUAGGCCUCGCUCUCGUGUGCAGAAGAACAGACAGAUCAGACGAAAGCAGCAGUGAUCCAGGACAGCAUGCUGCACAACCAAGCAAAUAAAGAAAUGAUUCGUCCCAGCAAACUUUACUUUCAUGCUAAUUCAUUUUUUCAUCAGUGAAGUUUUGUACAUCAACAAGAAUAACUUACUUUGCGUAAGAAAUCAGUGAAAGCUUUACGUAAUUCACUCAGGUUUCUUCUACUUUGGUAUGUGCAGGAGCAGAUACCAAAAACCAGCCAACAUUAAAUAAUGCUUAACAUGGGAGAGCAUCCCAAUAAAAAAUAAAAUUCCUAGUAAUACAAUUAAUUGUAUAUUGUUUUCAAUUUAAUUAUUUGUAAUAAUGUACUGUCAGGGGGGUUAGUAUAUGAGUAAAAGAAAAAUAAGUAAUUUAGAUUAUAGAUUCUGACCUUAAAUAUAUGUAUAUAUACCAUAAACAAAUGUUAUAAUUUUACACAUUUUUUUUUAAAUGAUCCAAAUAGUCGAAGCAGAAGCCUUUAUUUGUCACAUACACAUUACAGCACAGUGAAAUUCUUUUCUUCGCAUAUCCCAGCUUGUUAGGAAGCUGGGGUCAGAGCACAGGAUCAGCCAUGUUACAGCGAUACCAGAAACUAGUCCUUCACUGUGCCGGGACGUUAUUGUGCCUAUUCCUGAAAUAAACUCAUCAGUCGUCUGCUGCUGGCCUUCUGUUCACUGCACUGCUGCUAACUCACUAUAUAAUUGCACUAGCCAGCUUCAUGUGGACGUUUUGCUGAUCGUAUCGUAUCUUUGCUGCAUAUCUGAUGUUAUUACUUGCACUGUCACUUACAUUUCCUCAGAGGACUGGUGUUUACAGUUAGAUUUAUUUUUCUACUGAUUAUAAUCUUACUGAAUACGUUUAUUACUCUUGAUUACUUCUCAUUGCAAACACUGUUCUUUUGCUGCUGCUGUAAUGUGUGAAUUUCCCUCUGGGAUUAUUAAAGUGAUCUAUCUAUCUAUCUAUCUAAUUAAAAUAAUGCUUACUGUGAGAACCCAUUUUAGAAUUGAAUUUUAUUUGAAAACAAAUUUAAUUUGUUGAAUUGUUUCUCUUUCUCAUCCGAACCCUGUGUGAGAUAUAAAUGAAGAUUAGUAGAUUAAUACAUUAAUGUCUUAUUGGACGUGGUUUCUUACAAUAUGCCUUGUGCUCUACUAUGUAAAUAUCGUAUAAGAAACAAGGUUAAAGACGUAAAUCCUGAAGUUAAUUCAGUUUUAACUCAGUCAAGCUGUAUGUAAAGAAGACGGAUUCUAACAUGGACACUAUUUGCUGUUUUUAUGGUUGUGCUGAAGAGCAGAAAACCCAUCUGUUUUUGCAUACAGUGUUAUUUUUGUGUGGCUCGUGCUUCUCCUUCUGCUAAAUAAUAUCUUUAUUGUUUUCUAACAUCUUUAUUGUAUAUAGAGGGUUUAUUUCAAUUAAAGAAAUUAUUUCAGUGUAAGAAAUGAUUUUUUUCAUGAUCAACCUAUUUGUUUUACUUGGAAGGAUUUGUACAUUUUUAAAGCAAAGGUCCAUUUGAAACGUGAAUAUCAAAUACUUACGUUUGUCCAGUUUGCUUUCCACCUUGAACAAAAUAAAGUAAAACAAGUUUUGGUUUGUGAUAUUUUUCUUCAGAUGUUAAUGAAGAUUGCGCUGCUUGUAAAUGCUCGUAAUCAAACAACUGCAUUGUUUUGUAAAGAUCCAGCGUGUAUAUAGUCUUCUAUGCUAGACAUUCAUUUCAUGCUACUUGCUGUAAAGUUAAAGGUCAGUGAGAAUCCUAUGCUCGAGCAAGGCUAGUUUUCCUGUUUGCUUUGUAAAUUACAUGAGCAUUGCUACAGGUUAUGCUUAUUAAUUGGAAAGACAUGUUCUCUCACCACAGAUCACAAUUAGGAUAAAAUCAAACAGAUUUAGAGAGAUAUAAACUUGCCCCAGACAGAAUAUAAUUCUUGUGAAUAUGAAAUUUGCAAGAAUUUUAGAACAUAAGAAGAUAAAGUUUUUAAGUGAACCACGAUAAUAAUUUAAUAGAAAGUAAUAAGAUUUCCUUCCUGAUUUAACCCCUUAACCCCCAGUGCAUUCCUCACUCUCGCACCUACACACCUUUCCUGUAGUUUUUUUUUUCCCUGCAGAUUGAAUCAUUCAUAAUAGUUACAGAAGGUACUCAAGGAACCAGCCAUGUGAGAGUGAACUUCAUCUUCAGCUCAUUUGUUUUACUGCAAACAGUGUGAUUAAAAAAAAAAGAAGGGAUAAAACACUCUCCACUUCUUUUCUAACAUGGACAUCUUCAGCUCACUGAGAGAGAGAGAGAGAGAGAGAGAGAGAGAUUGUUAAUAUAACACUGAAAAUGAAUUGACUGAAAUCUUUUCUGCUCAGCAGUGAUAGUUUUUGGUUUCAUUUCCCCAAAGACAUUUUCAAACAAGUGUCUGGUAUUGUUUUUGUGUUACACUGUGAUUUCAGUGUACAAAUGAAUAAAUGAAUAAAUAAAUAAAUAAAUAAAGCCCUGUAAAGCUGUGGUCUUUUCACUGACAUGUUUUACUAGCUUGGAAGCUGUUGUUCAACCACAAUUUCACUCCUCAUGAUUCCUCCAGUCUGGAAAUACAUGUACAAUCUUUAUUUAUAUUUUCUCUAAACACUGCUGAAGUACAGAACGCUUUCUCUGAGGUAAA